GAAUGAGUUCUACAUCCUCACUGCUGCCCACUGUCUUGACCAAGCUAAGCUAUUCAAGGUGAGGGUAGGCGAUCGAAACACGGAGAAGGAGGACGGCAACGAGAUGGUGCACGAGGUGGAGGUGAUUGUAAAACACAAAGGGUUUGACAAUAAGACCUAUAACUGUGACAUCGCUGUCCUCAAGCUGAAGACGCCCAUCAAAUUCCGCAUGAACGUGGCCCCUGCUUGCCUGCCGGAGAAGGACUGGGCCGAGUCCACCCUCAUGACACAGAAAUCAGGCAUCGUGAGCGGCUUUGGGCGCAUCCACGAGAUGGGCCGCACGUCCGUCACGCUCAAGAUGCUGGAGGUGCCCUACGUGGACAGGAACACAUGCAAGCUGUCCACCCCCUUCAGCAUCACCCCAAACAUGUUCUGCGCCGGCUAUGACUCAAAGCUGGAGGAUGCCUGUCAGGGAGACAGCGGGGGUCCCCAUGUCACUCGCUUCAAGGACACCUACUUUAUCACGGGCAUCAUCAGCUGGGGAGAAGGAUGUGCACGGAAAGGAAAGUUCGGAAUCUACACCAAAGUCACCAACUUCCUCAAGUGGAUCGAGAAGUCCAUGAAAAAAACCAAGACCACUGCCGCUCCCCUGUCAUUAGAUUAAUGCCCUCCCCCCACCCCCAACACCCCUGGCAGCCAUUGGUGUCUCAUUGUGUGUUAACACGUGCCAGUCUGAACAGGCUGAA